UGGAAGCGUCUCCCAUAAACACUUCCUUGCCGUCUCGUUUCCUUUGUCCUUUUCCAAUCCUUUCUCCAUCCCGUCUCCCCCCGCCCCCCUCCUCUCUCUCUCUCUCCUCUCUCUCUCUCUCUCUCUCUCUUAGAUCAAGCAAGCGGCAGCGAAGGAAGGGAUCCAAGAAAGAAAUGGUGGGCGGGCGGACACUGAGCCACCUGAGCUCGGGCGCACUCCGCGUCGGGGGAGUUGGCAGCGGCGGUGGCAACCUCUGCUUCGCUCUCUUCGUCGUCGCCGUCCUCAUCUUUACUAUCAUCGCCGCUACCUACCAGCCCGAUGACCCCCUCCUCCACUCCUCUGCCGCCGACUCUAGGCUUGCCUCCUUCCUCACUUCCACCUCGAACGCUACCUUUCUUUCCGAUCCCUCCGUCCUUCGCACUGGUGAGGACUUUCUCAACUCCUCCUCCAAUUCCACCUCCGCCGCCGUGGGAACUGAGGCCGCCGCCUUCAUCGAGCUCUCCGACAUCAACUCCACCGCGGCCUCUGCCGCCGUCGUCCCUGUGUGCGACCCCGCCGCGCCCGUGGACUGCGCCGAUCCGGAACUCUUCCACCUGCUGAUGCGCGCUGCCAUCGAGGCCUUACCGGACAUCCACUUCUACCGCUUCGGCAAGCCAGUCGCCGUCCCCGGUGGGCCGGGUUCCUGCGAUAUGGCCUGGCGUUUCCGCCCCAAGGACGCCACUCGGCCCAUGUUUUACAGAGACUACCGCCGGUUCCACCUGACGCAGUCCGCCAAUUGCGUCCUCUCUGUCUCCAAGGUCGAUGACUUCCACUCCGGUGUCAACGCACGCAAGCGCCGCGGCUCCAAGCCCGAUUAUGCUGGCGAAGACUCCGCCUUCGGGGCCAAGAAGGCCGAUGAGACGACAGCGGCGGUGCCGGUCGUUGGCGAGCCGGUCAACGACACCCUCCCAGUGAUCGAUUCAGAAUCCGCGUUCGCCUCCGGACGUUAUCUCAUCUACAUGAGCGGCGGUGACCGCUGCAAGAGCAUGAAUCACUACUUGUGGAGCUUUCUUUGCGCGCUAGGCGAAGCUCAGUACUUGAACCGGACGCUCGUCAUGGAUAUGAAGAUUUGCCUGUCCUCGAUGUACACGCUGACGGGCCACAACGAGGAGGACAAGGACUUCAGGUUAUACUUCGAUUUCGAGCAUUUGAAGCACUCUACUCCGGUGAUCGACCAAGGCCAGUUCUGGACCGACUGGGGGAAAUGGCACGAGAAGGACGGACUGAGCCUCUACUAUGUUGAUGACUUCAAGGUCACCCCCAUGAAGCUCGCCGAUGUCAAGGACGCAUUAAUCAUGAGGAAGUUUGACGACGUCAAGCCGGAUAAUUACUGGUACAGGGUCUGCGAGGGUGAAACCGAGUCUGUGAUCCAGCGGCCAUGGCAACUCUUAUGGAAGUCACGACGGUUGAUGGAGAUUGUCUCUGCGAUAGCCUCCAGGAUGAAUUGGGACUUCGACUCGGUUCACAUUGUGAGAGGUGAGAAGGCGAAGAAUGCUGAGCUCUGGCCACACCUUGCUGUCGAUACUUCGCCAGAGUCACUUCUUGUGACUCUCAAAGAUAAGAUUGAGGAGGGGAGGCACCUAUAUAUUGCAACUAACGAGCCUGAUACUUCGUUCUUUGAACCUUUGAAAGAAGCAUACACUACAUACUUCCUUGACGAUUUUAAGGAUCUAUGGGGUGAGAACAGUGAAUGGUACUUGGAGACUAAGGAGCUUAACAACGGGGUACCAGUGGAAUUUGAUGGGUAUAUGAGGGUUGAGGUGGACACAGAAGUGUUCUUGAGGGGUAAGAAACAACUCGAGACCUUCAAUGAUCUCACCAAUGAUUGCAAGGAUGGUGUUCAUACAUGUCCUACAUCUUCUUGAUCCUACAAUAGAGAUACUUGGUAUGCCAGCAUUUUGAGGAGUUUAUGCAAUGCUUGCUUUGACAUCAGGCAGUAUACUAAGCCUUUUUUUCCUUUAUGUCCUUAAGAACUUGUUCUUCCUCCAUGUCUUCAGAACUGUUGUGUUGUACUAGAUUUCUACUCAAUUCUACUGUGUUGUUCAGAAUAGAAGCAAUUUUUUGUGAUUCA